GAAAUCAUUCUUGGUGAAUAAGGCUGGACCACACUGAAAAUUUGUGGCUUAGAGCUAUACCCUCGUCAUUGCAACGCACAUUGCCACUGAGACAGGGUAACCCAUGGUUACUGAGCACUGAUCAGUUGAGGGGCAGAAAGCCUCCCCUCCCACUGCACUAUAAAGACACCCAGCCAAGGGACCCUACCAGCUUCUAGCUCUCAGCCUGGACGAAGGUGUGGGAAGGAAACCCCCAGCCAUCCGGAAAGGAGUACACCAGCUGCCCAGUCAAGGCCAGCAUGUCCUCUACCUUCAAACUUCAGUGUCACUUCAUUCUGAUUUUCUUGAUGAUUCUAAGAGGAGAGAGUCGGUACCUAGAGCUACGGGAGAGAGCGGACCAAGAAGACCCUUUCCUCCUCUUGAGCGCCAACUUGAAGCGGGAGCUGGCGGGGGAGCAGCUGUAUCGCCGCGAUCUCCGUUGCCUGGACAUGCUGAGCCUCCAGGGCCAGUUCACCUUCACCGCCAAUCGGCCAGAGCUGCACUGUGCCUCCUUCUUCAUCAGCGAGCCGGAGGAGUUCAUCACCAUCCACUACGACACGGUCUCCAUCGACUGUCAGGGCGGGGACUUCCUGAAGGUAUUUGAUGGUUGGAUUCUCAAGGGGGAGAAGUUUCCCAGUUCCCAGGAUCAUCCUCUCCCCACAACUGAGCGGUACAUAGAUUUCUGUGACAGCGGUCUUAGCCGAAGGAGCAUUAGAUCCUCUCAGAAUGUGGCCAUGAUCUUCUUCCGAGUCCAGAAACCAGGAAAUGGAUUCACGUUAACCAUAAAGACCAACCCCAACCUCUUUCCCUGCAAUGUCAUCUCCCAGACCCCUAAUGGAAGGUUUACCCUGGUUGUUCCACACCAGCAUCGAAACUGCAGCUUCUCCAUAAUUUAUCCUGUGGUGAUAAAAAUAUCGGAUCUCACUUUGGGACACUUAAAUGGUCUGCAGUUAAAGAAACCCUCAGCAGGUUGUGGGGGAAUAGGAGACUUUGUGGAGCUGCUGGGAGGAACUGGAUUGGACCCUUCUAAGAUGAUGCCUUUAGCGGAUCUCUGCUACCCCUUUCAUGGCCCAGCCCAAAUGAAAAUUGGCUGUGACAACUCCGUGGUGCGCAUGGUCUCCAGUGGGAAACACAUAAACCACGUGACUUUUGAAUACCGUCAGCUGGAACCCUAUGAACUGGAAAAUCCAAAUGGGAACAGUAUUAGGGAAUUCUGUUUGUCUCGUCUUUGAGUAAUCAACCUGAUAUUUACAUGCUGCUAGUUCAUGAGUUUUAAAUAGUGAUUACAUAUGAUUUUGACAACCAGCUUAUUACAGGGAAUACCUGUCAGUAUUCCCAACCUUGAGCACACACCACAUACUCAUGACUGCAUUGAUUUUUGUAUUUUGCUUCUAUUUAAUUUAUAGCAUAUAAAUGGUCAUGUGGCAGAAAA